AGCUUAUGCGCGCUCUGGACCAGUCUCUCACCUGCUGUGAAGCGCGCUCCCGGAUGAGAGGGUCUGCGCGCACUCGUCGGCGGCCAUGCUGCCCCGGUCACAGUGCGGCGCGCCCAGCACCUGCACAGAGCGAGCAUCCAUCCUGCACGAGGACUUACAAAGGCAGCCCGAUGAAGCUUAGUGCUCGUGUUGUAGUAUUUACCUUUCAUUUAAAUGUGCUUCCGGAUUUUGGAUUUUAUUAGACAAUCCUCGGGCUGAAAUUGAUUACAAGGAAUCUGGAUUAUUCCCGGUCAUAGCGGCGGCGCUUACCGGAUGAUUGCACUGCCUUUUAUUGUGGUGUGAACUGUUCAUGGAAUAAUCUAUUGCAGAAAGGAGAGGUGCAGGUAUUAGACAUUUGUCCCGAGUGUUAAAGUAAAUCAUGCUCGCGUGCCGCACGACGCCCCUCUCUCACCGGGGGUCGCCCCGUCGUCUGAGCUUUCCCUGUGUCGUGUAGACCCAGGAGCCGGUGAACAAAAAAAAGUGCAUAGUGCUCUCACUGCAAGACAUAAAUCACCGAAACGUGUUAAGUACGGUCGAAAUGGCUCUGAACAGAAGCAUCGAGCUGGAGCACUUUGAUGAACGGGACAAGGUUCGGCGCACGACCCGCGCCACCGGCUCCGGUUCUCAGUCCGGGUCCCGGGCGAGCAGCCUGGUUCCCAGCCCCGCUCAGAGCGCAAACUGCAGCUUCUACCGGACCCGCACACUCCGCGCGCUCAGCUCCGAGAAGCGUGCGCGCAAGGUGCGCUUUUACCGCAACGGGGACCGCUAUUUCAAGGGGCUUGUAUACGCCGUGUCCAACGACCGCUUUCGGUCUCUGGACGCGCUGCUGGCUGAGCUGACGCGCGCGCUCACCGACAACUUGCACCUGCCGCAGGGCGUCCGCACCAUCUACACGGCGGACGGCAACAAGAGAGUGACGAGCUUAGACGAGCUGGUGGAAGGUGAGUGCUACGUUUGUGCAUCUAAUGAACCCUACAGGAAAGUGGACUACACCAAGAAUGUGAACCCUAACUGGGGCUCUCGGCUUGCGGGGACAGGCGCGGUGGCCGGGGCCUGCCGACAGGGUUCACCCGGGGGCCAGCGGGGACUGGGGGAAGGUAAAGAGAGCAAAGACUUUAUCAAACCUAAGCUGGUGACGGUGAUCCGGAGCGGAGCGAAGCCUCGCAAGGCUGUCAGAGUGCUGCUGAAUAAAAAGACGGCUCACUCUUUCGAGCAGGUGCUGGCUGACAUCACAGAGGCCAUUAAACUCGACUCUGGAGCCGUGAAGAAGCUGUACACGCUAGACGGGAAGCAGCUGACGAACCUGCAAGACUUUUUUGGUGAUGAUGACGUGUUUAUCGCAUGCGGGCUUGAGAAGUUCCGCUACGCUCAGGACGACGCUGCGAUCGGACAUGCAGGGAAAGCCUCGGCCGCUGCGUUCGUUAACGAGUGUAAGAUGAAAUCAUCCAAGUCUUCAGCUCCUAUUAAGUCCAUUACCCCUAGAAGCUCUGGCAUUUUCAGGUCAAAAUCACCUGUCAACGAGGAUUCAAGGAGUCAGAGCCCGGCUGCCAGGUCGCCGAAAUCCCCGAUCAGCCCAGCAAGUCCACGCAGCCAGAAGAUCUCUUCCCGUCAUGUAUCUCCUUCCCCUCCUCCCUCUGGAGAACUGAAUGGAGAAGAGGACUUGAGCCCAGAAGUAAAUGGAAAUAAGCCGCAGUCCUCCAUCAUCACCGAUAAAUACGAAGUGGGGAAAGUCAUCGGAGACGGAAACUUUGCGGUGGUCAAAGAGUGUGUGGAGCGGGCCACUGGGCAGGAGUAUGCUCUGAAGAUCAUAGACAAAGCCAAAUGCAGUGGGAAGGAACAUCUGAUAGCCAACGAGGUGGCGAUACUACGCCGGGUUCGGCACCCCAGCAUCAUCCUGUUGAUUGAGGAAGUGGACACGCCUACAGAGCUCUACUUGGUCAUGGAGCUCGUUAAAGGCGGAGAUUUGUUUGAUGCCAUCACCUCUUCAACAAAGUACACAGAAAGAGACGCCAGUGCCAUGGUGUACAACCUGACUGGAGCUCUCAAAUACCUGCAUCGCAUGAGCAUAGUGCACAGAGAUAUUAAACCAGAGAAUUUACUGGUGUGUGAAUAUCCUGAUGGAACCAAGUCUCUGAAGUUGGGGGAUUUUGGUCUGGCCACUGUAGUGGAGGGGCCACUUUAUACCGUGUGUGGAACACCCACUUACGUCGCACCUGAGAUUAUUGCAGAAACAGGGUACGGUUUAAAGGUGGAUAUCUGGGCAGCUGGUGUGAUUACAUACAUCCUCCUGUGUGGUUUUCCACCAUUCCGGAGUGAGAGGAACCAGCAGGAGGAGCUGUUUGAACAAAUCUUACGGGGUCGCCUGGAGUUUCCCUCCCCCUACUGGGACAAUAUCAGUGCCAUCGCAAAGGACCUGAUUGGUAAAAUGCUGCAGGUGAAUGUGAGUGCACGCUACACAGCAGAGGAAGUUUUGUCACAUCCAUGGGUCCUGGAUGAUACCAUGCUGGAGAACAACAUGAUGUGUGAGACAUUAGGUGCAGUCAAAACUGAACAUACACCUGGCGGCACUGCGACAGAAACACAAUUAUGUGAGCUGCAAGGCAACGAACAAAGCUGAAGGUAGACGACAAGACGACCAGCGAAAGAGAAGCUCGCUGUUUACCUGCUCAAUCGACAAAAACCUAAAGGAAAACUUUACCCAGAAAUGCGAACAUGGCUGACAGGAUGCUAAGUGCUACUAAGUGCGACUAAGUAUAAGUACAGUGCUACUAGCGAGUCAUUCAGAGUCGAGUUAAAUGCGUGCAACCUAAUAUAAAAUUAGACUUAUUAGUCUUAUUUACAAAACACACACACACACACACAAACAC